AUGAAAGUGACGUGCUUGCAAGCCCAACUGAUGCAAAUGAAGGCUCAACUGGCGCAAAGCCUCAUUGAUUCAAAGACUGCGGAAAAUAAAUGGCAUGGAAACCUGGCUGGAAUGGCAUUGUUUCCGAAUUGCCCGGCUUACUUGAACUCCAUCUCAACCCCGAGCUCACUUGAGCGCUUCAAUGGAGGAAAGGGUAUGCAAGAGAUUCGAAGCAGAGAUGAGCAAUCAUUCCAAUCUUAUGCUGAGAAGAUACCUUCACAAACUGACUUGGGUGAGCUUCAAGCACUGGCUUUCAGAAUGAUGAGGGACUGA